CCGGCAGGUGGGUGGAGAAAGAGCAACGACUUGGGCGGGGAGUGAGAGACGGAGAGAAAGGGCGGGCAGCAGCUGGCUUUAGUUUUUAACGACUGGCGGAAGCGCUGCGGCCGAGCUGAGAGUGCGCGGGCCUGGGGACCUCGCGCACAGGCCACCCCGAAGCGCCAUGGCCGCGGGGAGCGCCCCUGGGCGGAUCCUGGAGGCCUUCAGUGUGGUCUGCCUGCUGCUUCGAUUCGGUUUCAUCAGCUGUGAUUCCCGAACAUUAUUUGGAACUGUGAACAAGAAUAUAACGUUCCGUCUACCGUCUCAUUCAGCUUUUACAGAAAUCAUGUGGAAAAAGCAAAAAGAUAAAGUCGUAGAGUGGGAUGAAAAUUCUGAGGUCACAUAUUUCCCACCUUUUCAAGAUAGGAUCCAUUUAGACACUGUGUCUGGUGACCUCACCAUCUUCAAUUUAAUAUCCUCAGAUGAAGGUCGUUAUGAAGUUGAAUCCCAGAGUAUUAAAGAUAACAUCACAUUCUCUCUUCGUGUGGUUGAGCCUCUUCCAUCCCUGGAACUAAAUUGUACAUUGAUUGGUGAAAACAUUGUAGUUCAAUGUUGGCUCCAGAAACCUAUCAACAGCCAUCCAGAGCUUAUAGAGUAUUCAUGGGAGUGUCCAUCAGUACAAUGUAAAAAUAACUCAGAACGUGAGAUGUAUUUUAGGAAGGAGGAUGAUCUUUCACAGGAAAUACAGUGUAUUGUAAAUAAUAAAGUAUCUGAAAAGAAGUCAUCAAUUGCUUUGGCCACCUGUAACUCAGCAGUUCCUUAUUUGAGUCGUGUACAUGUGCUUUUACCAGCAUUUAUAGCAGUAACUAUAAUUUGUGUAAUUAUAGUGCUGUAUAUGAGAGGUCUUCUGAGAUGCGGCAGAAGGACAGGCAGAGCUACAAAGAAGCCAGAAACAACAGAAAUGUUGACCUUUUGCACCCUGAAGACGGUGGCAUCACCAAGCGUAGCAGAAGAGUAAGACAGGGCCCCUGCUUGGGAAGAAACAUGAUGGAUUUGUGCUUUGCUCCGUUGAGGAUAAUGGAAGAUGAAAUCAUUGCGUGGCUAACUGAAUUAUUUAAGUAACUUUGACAUGUCAUCUGAUAUACCAAUUCGAGUAUUACAUCAUCUCUGCAGAAGCUUUGGAAGUCUAACCAGGUCCCUCAUCUGCAGCUAUUUUGAAAGAAGAAAUAUCAGCUAACAAACAACAAGCAUUAGUUCCUACUUCUUACGUGCAGUAUACAAUGGGUGACCACUUUCAGCUCGCUAAACUGUUUCCACUGGAAAGUUGUAAAUUUAAUAAAUAAUGUAAUAAAUGUAAAUAUGUACAUAAGUAA